CGAUACAACUCAGCAAUGGCGUCCUUCGUUAAAUCUACUGCUGAUUUGGAAGAACGGGAGAGACAGAAGAAGUAUUGGAUUGAGCAUUCUUCAGAUUUGACUAUGGAGUCGAUGAUGGUCGAUUCCGAUUCGCAUGAACUUGACUCGGAAGAAACAGCUGAAGUGAUUUCGCUUCUUCCGCCGUACGAGGGGAAGACGGUGGUGGAGCUUGGGGCUGGCAUUGGCCGUUUCACGUCGGAGUUAGCUCAAAGGGCGGCGCAGGUUAUAGCUGUUGACUUCGUUGAAGAUGUAAUUAGGAAGAAUGAAAGCAUCAAUGGGCAUCACAAGAAUGUGAAGUUUCAAUGUGCUGAUGUGACCUUCUCGGAACUUGAUAUUCAUGAGGACUCCGUAGAUUUCAUCUUCUCAAAUUUGCUGCUCAUGUAUUUGUCUGAUGAAGAGGUAAAAUUGCUUGCAGAAAGGAUGAUCAAAUGGUUGAAGGUUGGAGGUUAUAUUUUCUUCAGAGAGUCUUGUUUCCAACAUUACGAAAAUUCUGAUAAAAAAAACGAUGUGUCUUACCAUAGAGAACCAAGAUUCUAUUCGAAGGUUUUCAAAGAGCUGUGUUUUGUUAAAGAUGAUUCUGAAAAUGUUUUUGAACUUUCUCUUCUUGGCUGCAAACCCACUGGAGUUUUUGGGAACAAGAAAAGUCAAAAUCAGAUUUGCUGGAUAUGGCAAAAAGUUCGUUCUGACAAUGACAGAGGGUUCCAACUAUUCUUAGACACAGUUCAAUACAAGAGUAGCGGAAUACUGAAAUACGAGCGUGUCUUUGGACAUGGAUUUAUCAGCCCUGGGGGUUUAGAGACAACAAAAGAAUUUGUAGCCAAGUUGGACCUCAAGCCUCGCCAGAGGGUUCUUGAUGUUGGUUGUGGCAUUGGAGGAGCAGACUUUUAUAUGGCAGAAAACUUUAGCGUUGAGGUUGUAGGCAUCGAUCUCUCCGUCAAUAUGAUCAGUCUUGCUCUCGAGCGUGCCAUCGGACUCGCAUGUUCUGUUGAAUUUGAAGUUGCUGAUUGUACUAAGAAAACAUAUCCGGAUCAUACUUUUGAUGUCAUAUACAGCCGUGAUACCAUUUUACACAUUCAAGACAAACCCUCUCUGUUUAGAUCAUUCUACAAGUGGCUGAAGCCAGGAGGCAAACUUUUUAUAACGGAUUAUUGCAGAAACGCUGGAACUUCUUCGCCCGAAUUUGCCGAGUACAUCAAGCAAAGAGGGUACGAUCUACAUGAUGUAAAAGCCUACGGUCAGAUGAUCGAGGAUGCUGGUUUCGGUGAAGUCGUUUCUGAGGACCGUACGAACCAGUUUAUCCAAGUUUUGCAGCAGGAACUCGAAGCCGUUGAAGAGCAAAAAGACAGAUUUAUCCUUGAUUUUUCUGAAGAAGGUUAUAACGACAUCGUUUGCGGAUGGAAGGCAAAGCUGAACCGAAGUUUAUCUGGUGAGCAGAGAUGGGGUCUAUUCUUUGCCAAGAAAAUAAACUGAAUUUUGAUUGUUGGUUUAUAGUUUCCUCCUUCAGCAUAACCAAGUUUAGCAGUAAUAAUUAAUAUGUCCUUGAUACCAAGGUUUAAAUUAAAUCCCGAACUUUUGAUAUUGGUUCAUUUUGGUCUUUAUACUUUUCAAAUGACCAUUAAAAAUGAACAAAAUUCAAAAAGUAUUUUAUAAUUUGUAAGGGAGUGUGAGAAUAAUGGAAUCGUUUCAGAUUUAGCAGCAGAGCAUUACAUUUCUUUUCAAUGUCAAAAGUCAGACAGACGUCAUCCUUCUCA